AUGAUCUGGAAGCAUUCUUUCAGAGACUUAAACAACAUCACCAAGUCUUUUUCAGUCUAUAACAAUGGCGAAGGCGCGUACCUGUCGGAGCAUUCUUCAAGACAAACUCUGGAAUCUAAUACUGGCAUCGAGACAGCGGUCGGUCAUAGCAGCAUGUUCAUAGGCGGUGGGGCGCUGGCGCUGAUUUUCUACCUGAUUUCACCUUCAAACUCAUCAAGCGAGAACACUUCACACUCCUACACGGACACUCAAAUUCGCUCGAUUUACGGCACUUUCUUUGCAUUGAAUAUGUUAUCUUUCGUUAUAUUCGCAUGUCUACCCACCAAAGAGUACGACAGUAUCGCUUCGAAAUCGAAGACGAGUAUGCCCACUUUGAAGGAACAAUUCGGUGAGUUUCAUUCACCGGUCCUAUGCCUUAUAUGUAGAUUCUUCAUAAUUGACUCACGUAUGAAGAAAUGGUGGAUAGUUAGUAAAAACGCCCAAAAAUACUUCCUUAUUGAAAGAGUAACGUAA